UCCUGUAGUCCUACACCAUUGCUCAUUCACCAUUGUUCCACAGCAACAACCCCCACUCCCUCUAUCCCCUGCAUUAAAACCCCUUCCCCCACCCGAGAGGUUUCAGCACACGCCUUCCUUCCUGACGCCGCCACCACCACACCGGAGCAAGCAAAGAACCUGAAGCCUGCCAUCCAUCCAUGGCGUCGCACGCGGCCCGUCUCUUCUUCCUCCUCGCGGUGGCCGCCGCGCUCGCCGGCCGGUCAGAGGGCGGGUGGUGCCUGUGCCGCACGGACCUCUACGACGUGAUGCUGCAGAAGACGCUCGACUACGCCUGCGGCGGCGGCGCCGACUGCAGGCCCAUCCUGCAGAACGGCGCCUGCUUCGCCCCCAACACCGUCAAGGCGCACUGCUCCUACGCCGUCAACAGCUACUACCAGCGCAGCGGACAGAACCCGCAGGCAUGCCUCUUCUCCGGCACCACCUUCGUCUCCAACAACGACCCCAGCGCUAACGGCUGCGUGUUCCCUGCGACCCAGGGCGCCGCUGGAACUAACGGCACCACCGUCGGCGUUUACAGCCCGCCAGCGUUUGGCCAAGGUCCGAGCGCCAAUGACAUGAGCGGCGGCACCAAAAUCUUCCCGGUGGCCGGAACGGUGAAGCGGGCGGUGAUCCUGGCCUGCUGCUGGCUCCUCGCUCUGUACCUCAGCGCGUGAUCAUGGAGACAAGGCACCCUGUCCCAACCGUGAUUGGGUGUCUUGUUUCUUAGCACUUCUUCUCUUAGUGGUGGCCGGAAGGAACCUUUUGAUGAAGUGAGACCAUGAUUUGGGAUUUGCGGAUGCUGUAUAUUUAGAUUCCAGUAGUUGUGUUGACGUGCGGAUUUCGCUGUUUAGUGGUGUUUAGGGCUGAUGUAGCACUGCUGUUAUGACCUGGUGUCACUCUCUUGGUCUCUUGGAUUUGGAGGUACUGUUAUCAGCUGAAGAUAUCGGUUGUUUGUGCUC